AUGGCUGACAACAAACGCCCAACGCCUGACUUACUACCUUCUCCAUGGACCGACUUCACACCCCUCCGAAAUCCAUUCAGCUACAAUCAGUCGAAUUCCACCGACUCUGAACGAGGAAGCCCGUUGACAUCGGCCACUUCCAGUCCCACAUGUUCUCCGACUUCCAGCCCUAUUAGCGCAACCCGGAGCCAUCCCUUUAGCCCGUAUUUCCGCCGUGGCCGCAGUCGAGAGAGAAACUCAUUCACCUCACGCUCACCUAGCUCUUUCCGACUGUCCUCUCUAUUCCUUCGACGUCGUCCAUCUGCAGUUGAUCUAGCCUUGAGUGAAGAGCGAUCGAGGUGCUCUGAGGACGAAAUUGAGAGACGGGGCUUGGGGCUAAUGGAACCGCGCCCAGUAGACCCUAUGCCGGUGCUCGUGGAUAUUGAUGAGGAUGGCCAUAAAGCCUCAGGUCUGCUGAUGGAUGGAAAGACGUUGAACCCCACGAACUCUGCCACUUCCAACCAACCGCGAUAUGUGAUGGGCGGUAUUUUCGAGGUCAUGGAAGGGAGUGCAUAA